UCAUCUAGCUAGCUACGUAAUCGUACAAUGAUUCAGUAUUUUUUGAUUGGAUCAUAUUUCAAGCACAAACUAGUAGUGCUCUCUCUCAUCGCAACACAAAACACACUCUCUCAAUCUCACUCUCACUCUCUCCUUCUCUGACAAAAAAAAAAAUGGUGCAAUCAAAGAAGUUCAGAGGUGUCAGGCAACGCCACUGGGGCUCAUGGGUCUCUGAGAUACGCCAUCCUCUAUUGAAAAGAAGGGUGUGGCUAGGGACGUUUGAAACAGCUGAAGAAGCAGCGAGAGCUUACGACGAAGCAGCAAUCUUGAUGAGCGGUCGCAAUGCCAAAACAAAUUUCCCAAUCGAUCACGUAGCCAAUAAUCAAUCAAGGAACGAUCAGCACACCAUAAAAAGCUGCUUGACAUCGUCUCCCACAGCACUUUCCACCAUCCUCAGCGCCAAACUCCGAAAGUGCUGCAAAUCUCCAUCUCCUUCCCUCACGUGCCUGAGGCUGGACACUGAGAAUUCCCACAUCGGAGUCUGGCAGAAACGAGCAGGGCCUCGUUCUGACUCCAAUUGGGUGAUGAUGGUUGAGCUUGGGAAGAUUAUUAAGGAUGAUUCUUCUUCGCAGGCUAAUAAUUCAUCGUCCUCGUCGUCGGCGGCGGCCGGAGAAGUUCCAGUGACGGUAGGUCAUCAUCAAGAAGGUGGUGGUGGCGAGAGGUUGGAUGAGGAGGAGAGGAUUGCUUUGCAGAUGAUAGAGGAACUCCUCAACAGAAAUUGACUUUCGCUACUCUCACGUGGGGGACCUGAUCUUUACACGUGCUUAAUUAGUCCUUGUAUUCACACUAUUAUAAUUAUAUAUAUAUAUAUAUAUAUAUGAAUAUGAAUGCUAUAUAGUUUGUUUCCUUAGGGAAAUGUACGCUAUAUACGGUUCUUUUUUCUACUGGGGUGUCAUAGCCAUUCAUAAACUGGGCAACAUCGAAUUUCUUACUGGUUAAAAAAAAUCAUGGAUUAGAGGGUUACUCACUAGUAAGAAACUCGAUGUAGCCUAAUUAUAGAAUAAAAUUACUUAUAAAUAUAUAUAUGUGUACACCCACAUGACUUUCAUAUAUAUAUAUAUAUAUAUAUAUAGAGAGAGAGAGAGAG